GACCGGGUGGAGAAUGCAGUGGAGAAGUGCGCCGGUUCUACCGCCGUUUCUUUUCUAUAAUAUCGCUCCAAAAGAGGAAUUUUUGAAACGUCCAGUAGCACCUUGAUUUGUUUGAUGAUUGAAAUGAAAAGGAAACUCUGAAACAAGUUUAAUCUCACCAUUACACGGAGAGGAGAGAGAGUUUCUUCCGGACUAUUUCGGUUAUCAGCGCGGGAUUUUGUUGUGGAUACCCAGCCCGGUUCAACCUUGUGCCGCCAAUGACAAGUUCAGCAUCGCUCAACAUCCAUCUCACUUUUACACGACCACCAUGGUGCUUCGGGAAUCAGUGAAGUGGACGAAUAUCUCGUGUCCUUUUAGCAUCCGAGUCCUUCAGCAUCGGAGUCUGUUGAAGCCGGUUUAACCUGUUCACGUGUCAGGUGUAACGAAUUAAAAUUGUUUAAAACACCUUUGCUGAAAUAUUCUUCCUGGACUAAGAAACCACAUUUAAAGCCUGAAGUCCAAGAUGACAUCGGAGGUCAGCCAAGUGUCAUUGAGUGAGCUUCCCAUGGAAAACUGGAUGGCCCAUCUUCCCAGUGCACUGUGGGAUACACCUCUCUGUUACAUGGCCAUUCCAGGAAGCCAUAAUGCCAUAACCUACUGUCUGGAUAAGAAUGACCGCUCUCCAGUGGACCUCACUCAACCGGACAUGUUGCAAAAGCUGGACAAGUACAUGAAGCCCAUCAUAAGGCCAUUUGUAUACAAGUGGGCAAUAGCACAGGAGUCUAGCAUUAGAGAGCAGUUGGAUUCUGGAGUGCGAUACUGUGACCUGAGGAUAGCACAUCGGCCUAAUGACAGAUCGAAUGAUCUCUACUUCUACCAUGGUGUUUAUACCACUAUAACUGUGGAGAUGAUAUUAAAAGAGAUCAGAGAGUGGUUGGAUGUUCAUCCCAAGGAAGUAGUCAUCCUCUCAUUUAGCCACUUUCUGGGUCUCAAUCAAGAGCUUCACACACUGCUUGUCUCAACUAUAAAGAGUGUUUUUGAUUCCAAACUGUGUCCCAAAAUGGAGUGUGUGACGCUACGGAAAUUAUGGAGCCAGGGCCAUCAAGUUAUCGUUUCAUACGAGCACCAUAUUGCCAACUGCCACAGGGAAUUGUGGUUCCAUAUACCUUAUUGGUGGGCAAACAAAUGCAAGGCUGAAGCGCUGAUCGAGGAAUUUGAACGUAGGAAACAAAAUGGCAGACCAGGCGGAUUCUUUGUGACUGGCAUCAAUCUUACAGAAGAUCUGAAGUACAUAUGCUCCCAUCCCACAGAAUCACUCAAGGAUAUGGUGAUGUCUACAUAUCCCACGUUACUUAGCUGGGUCAAGCAACAAAAGCCUGGCUCUAAUGCCGGCUCCCUCAACAUCAUAGCUGGGGACUUUGUGACAGAGAGCCGUUUCAUACCAACCGUCAUUGCACUGAAUGAAAAUCUGCUCAACAGGACCAUAAUACCAGAACCCUGAGCCUCUUUUAGUCUGCACAAUGUAUUUAACAUUUGACGAAAGAAGCGUUUCUUGUUCUUCUGAUGGUUUUUUUAUACUAGUCAACUUUGCACUUUUUUAUGAGGGUGCUUACACACUAGAGUUUAUGCUGCGUCAGCUCCAUUCAUUUCUGUAGGGAUGGUGCAUUGCAAGGACGUAGACAAAAAACAAAAAAAGGGUUUUUGUGAAACCGAUGCACCACCAUGCAACCAAAAGCACUUUCUAUACCCUUAAAACAGAUCCUACACAUUCCUGUUCACCAAACGCUUCCAACAGAGAGCGGUUUCUAGUGUGCAAGCAUCCUGAUGAUGAUAGAUCAUUUUGAUUUAUGGGUAGAAUAUUGUAAUGCACUGACUUUUAUGACUUGAACUUACUGUCUUAAGCUUAUUUAUCCAGACUUCAAUAUAUACCUCUGAUUUUGCAAAAAUGUUGAUCAUUUUUAAGGACUUGGUUCCAAAUGGAUGUCAACUUUAUGUACAGUACAACUCCAAACACAAGCACAUUACAGGACACAAUACGUUCCCCUGUGAGUUUGCAUGAGAAUUGCUGAAGUCUACUCAAUGCAAGCCUGCACAAAUAUAUAUGAUUACCAAACACUCAGGAUUGUUCUUUCUCUAUGAUAUACUCCUUUCAAGUUUCUACUGCGUGGAAUGGCAAUGGGAAUAUGAUUCUAAUAAGUACAUGUUUGCAUGGUGCACAAUCAAAAGCAUGAAAAGACACUGGAGUAUUUCUGUGGUUGCACAUGUUCUCUGCCAUAGUUGCAUGCAAUUUAAUCAAGAUUAUCAGUUUGCAUUACUAACAAAUAUGCUUAUGCUAACACAAAUAACAGCUGAAUGGCAUAUCAAAUAUUCACAUUUAAUAUCUGCAGAUUUCCAAUAAACAAAACUGCUAACAAUCUUAAUUCAAUUGUGUUUUGAGUUAUUAAAAAUGUCUUUGGCACACAAACAAAAGCAAGGAGCGAGAAUUAGCUGACAUGGAAAGCAACAUGCUUGUUCAUUGAUUAUGGAGUGUGCUGAACGCCUGUAGUCAAAGCUAAACUUUGAUAAUAGAGUUUUGUGUGUCUUUCUACCUCAAAAGAUGAUAAAAUGAUGAAAGGUCACCAGAUUACUAAACCAUGGCAAGCAAAUAACAUGUAUAACACGACUAUUGUGUUGCCAUAUAUUUCUAAAGGGAAUAUC